CUCCCUUCUCCUUCUUUUUCUCCUCCCUCCCCCAUCUCUCAGGGGUCGCUCCCUCCAGGAAAGCUUCAUCAAGCUGGUAGAAGCCUGCAAUGACCUUUCUCCCCACAUGGACCGCUGGCUGAGCAGGCUGGAAGCCUCCAAGUGGUUGUCCCAUGUCAAGGAAGCCUUGAAUGCUGCCUGCCUGGCAGCCCAGUGCCUGGAAAGAGAGGAGGCUUGUGUCCUGGUGCAUGGAGCUGAAGGGAAAGAUGCUACCUUGUUGGUGACAGCUCUUGCCCAAGUCAUCCUGGAUCCAGCCUGCAGGACAUUGGUCGGCUUCCAGGGACUGCUGGAGCGGGAAUGGAUACAGGCCGGGCACCCCUUCCAGCUCCGCUGUGCCCACUCUGCCUAUGCGCACACCCGGCUCAAGCAAGAGGCACCCACCUUUCUCCUUUUCCUUGACUGCGUCUGGCAACUGGGGCGCCAGUUUCCCUUCUCCCUGGCCUUCAAUGAGCAUCUCCUGCUGGCACUCUUUGAACAUUGCUACGCCUCUCCCUACAGCACAUUCUUGGGCAACAAUGAGAAAGAAAGGCGGUUGUGUGAAAUGAGGGAGAAGACCCACUGCCUCUGGCCCUGGAUAAACCAUGUGGAGAAGUUCCUGAAUCCCCUCUACAUGUACAACCCCCUGGCCAUCUGGCCCUCCGUGGAGCCACAGAGCUUGGUGCUCUGGCAAGGCUUAUUUCUCCGCUGGGUCCAUUCAUCCUAUCAUCUUGAUGAAGCAUGGGCAGAAAUUCGGCGAAUAGCAACAAGUAGCCAAACCUAUUCACCACAGUUGCACAGAGCAACGUGAAAGUACACUGCCACACCCUCUUUUUAAAUGAAGAAAUCAAAUUGGCUGGUCACCCCAAAAGAGGAGACCUGAAAAACAGAGGAAGAGUUGCUGACACAGAAGGACAGAAACAAACACUUCGUCUGUGGCACUGAAAAGGCUGUGAACAUGUAGAUGUAUUUCCCAAGCCCCUUUUUACAAUACAGCUCUUUAAAUCUAUGUUUUAGAUCAAGGAAAUGCAGAACACCAGAUAAAUCUUCCUGGAAUGAGAAAGUCAUCUGGAUACUCACAUGUAGCACCCCAACUUGGAGCCAAUAGCUAUGCUUGGACAAUAAAGCUGACAUGGCUAAGCAUUUUAAAUGUUAAUAUUAGUUGAAGCCUAAUCUGUGCUGGAUGGGGAAUUCUGCAAGUUGAAGUCUACUUUACCUAAAGUUGUUAAGGUUGAAAAAUGCUGCUCUAACCCAAUAAACUGAUCCAA